AGAAGAAAAAAAAAAGAAAAAAGCGCUGCGCCCACUCCAAUGAAAUAUCUCCCCACGGAGUCAGCUGCAGAUCGGAUCGAGCACAGUGAGACCAGUGCCAGUAAGAAACCUCGUCCCGGUGCUGUGGUCUCUUUGUUGACCCCUCUGGACCCAAUUCGCCAGGCAAAGCGGCUUCCUCUCCGAGUGAUCAAGAUGUUGACUGCGCACACUGGACACUUGCUACACCCGGAGUAUUUACAGCCUUUGACGUCCGUGCCAGUGAGCAUCGAGCUGGAUGCCAAGAAGAGUCCGCUGGCCCUGCUGGCGCAGACCUGCUCUCAGAUUGGUAAACCGGACCCUCCGUCCUCCUCCAAGCUGGGCUCCUCCUGUAGUCAGGGGGACAAGGAGUCUAGCAGUCGCUCGUCCAUCUCCAGCCUGAAGCUCGGGGAGCACCGCCCCUCCCUGGAGGACAAAUCUAGCUUUAAGCCCUACAACAAAGGCAGCGGAGACUGCCGCAGAGACGGAGUCACCAGCAGCAGCUCUAACGGCAGCAGUGAUAAAGUCGGGUUCAGGGUGCCCAGCAAUAAUGUCAUCACUAAUGGAAAUUCAACAAAUGGGCAGCAGUCUUAUCCGCCCCAUGCUGCCUCACCCAGCUCCAGAGCCAGCAGCAGCACCCCACCAGGACACACGCAGCAGCAGCAGCAGCAGCAGCCUCACAAACAGAGCCAGUCCUCCCCUGGUGGACAGGGCACGUCACACUCCCAGACACCUAAUGGAGAAAGCGCUCACGAGCAGGGCAGCCCCACCAGCACGAGCAGUGGCAGCAAUAACAGCCAUUCCAAAAAAGACACUGAAGUGAGCAAAGUGAACUCAGACAGCCCGCGCCACGCUAACUCCAGCCACGUUCGAGCCAGCACAAACUGCAGUAACGGCAGCUCUGACGGUGGCUCCAACCACGACGGAGGUAAAGCGGAGUCUGCCCAGCCCAACCUCGGCCAUGGACAUAUUACACCCCUCUCUCCUUAUAAAACAAGCCAACCACUCUUCCCCCUGCCUUCAUCUAACAUGGGCUACCACGGGUCUGUAGUGGGGGCCUACGCCGGCUACCCAUCUCAGUUUGUUCCUGGGCUGGACCCGACCAAGUCCAGCCUCAGCGUGGGAAGCAUGGGAGUUCCAGGAAAGCACCCGAGCUCCAGCCCUCUCACGGGCGCCUCCCCUCCCUCCUUCAUGCAGGGUUUAUGCAGGGACCCAUACUGUCUCAGCUAUCCGAGCGUAUCCCACCUCGGCGGGAGCAACUGCAACUCCUGCAUCCACGACCCUUCCUCCAACCUCAAAUCCAGCUUCCCGUUGGUGUACCCCUCCCACCCGCUCCACUCCCUCCACCCCAGUUCUCUGCCAUCCACCGCAUCCUCCUCCCUUUCCCAUCCCCUCUACUCGUACGGCUUCAUGCUCCCGAGCGACCCCCUGCCUCACGCUUGCAACUGGGUGUCAGCCGGGGGACCGUGCGACAAACGCUUCGCCACCUCAGAUGAGCUCCUGGCUCACCUGCGCACACACACGGCCCUGCCUGUAGGCAUGGACAGUAAGCUGCUCUCUGUUUCCUCCUCCGGACCUGCCUCCUGUCACCUUCACCUCCCCCACCAGAGCAGCCCGGGCUCCAUGGCCAGCUCGCUCUCCCUCAGAGCUCCCCACAGCCUGGGUUUAGCUCGCUAUCACCCCUACAGUAAGGUCCACCUGCCCCCUGGACCCUCCUCCAUCUCCCUGCACUCUCUGCCCACCACAGGCCCGUAUUACCCUCAUUACGCUCUCUACAGUCAAAGACUUGGAUCUGCAUCUGCUCUGGGCUACCAGUGAUACACCGUCUACUUACAUGUUUAAAGGAAUAGUUUGACAUUUUGGGAAAUAUGCUUAUUUUCUUUCUGGUGGAGAGUUAGAGGAGAAGAUUGUUACCACUCUGUUAGAUAUUAGCUUAGCUUAGCAUAAAGACUUGAAUCAGGUGGAAACUGCUAGCCUGGCACUGAAUGAAGGUAGCAAAAAGUCACCUACAAGCACCUCUAAAGCUCACAAAUGAACACAUUAUAUCUUGUUUGUUUAAUGAACAAAAA